GCGGCGGCACGCUGCCUGGGUUGUGAGCGGUGGAGCCGCCGCCGCCGCCGCCGCCGCCGCCGAGCUGCUCGUGGAUCGGAAAUAGGUAGCGAUGAGAACACCCCGCUAGGAGAAGAGGCGGGUGACAGCGGUCUUGAAACUAACACCCCACCCCUCUUCAGUCAGACUUCUUCUUCGGGUCACCGCAGGAUCCCUAAAAUGAACUCAUAGAAGCUGUUGUGGGCUGAUACAGAGGACAACUCCCUUCCUGCCAUCUGGCCAGGAAAUGUGAGUAAGUGAGCAUGGAGACUCCUUUUGCUUCCACCUGGUAGAAGCCUAAGACUAGCAGUGGUGCUGAGAUGGGGAAUGCUUGUGAUGUCAUAUUCUUGGUAAGAUUUGAAGAGCAUCUGGACUUCCAGCAGCAAGUGCAGAUGUAACCUCCUGGGACAACUGAUUUGGGGAAAUAUAAUGAAAAUGUGAGUCCACAUGAAGUUUACAUAGACUAUUGAAGUCCUGGGCCCCAGAGACUACUGGACUCUGCUGAAGACUGACACGCUGUGGAAGUGCAAGUCUAACAUGAGACUUUGAUGUGAGAGCAUAAUGUGGUGGCAGCAAGCGGAUGGAAACAGACUGCGGAAGCUUUGCUUUGUCCAGAAAUGCAUACGUAUAUAGUCUUGGGAGGAGCAUGUACACAAGAAGAGUGUGUGUGUUGAAACACUAAGGCUGACAUCAUUUGCCACUAAGUUUAACCACAGUGAAACUUGCAAAGGAAUCAUUUGUGUCCCUGGCGAGUGGGAAGAAAGAUAUUUGAAAAUCUCCUUUGACUACGCCAAUCUCAUGGCUGCCUAGAUAGUGUUACCAUGGAACAGAACCCUGAUGGGGAUAAGGCAUGUAUGACAAGAAGGCCCUUGAUAAGAGAGACUGAACAAGAAGCAGUUUUUGAGACUAGCCCAGAAUGUAUUGUGCAACUGUAAUGAAGCUGUUUGCAUGCUGACUAACUCAUCCUGUCCAAGAUGGCAGACAGUGACAAGAAUGGAAGCAGCUGCUCCAGCACCAGCAGCAGCCGCCUACAGAGCAAGAAGCCCCCUAACCUCUCCAUCACCAUUCCACCAGUGGAGGCAGAAGAAGAAAGCAGCCAAACCGUGCCUCUGAAGAAAAAACCAGUUUAUCAAAAGAGUGUAAGUCUCCAAGAAUCCAGGAUGGAAAGGCAGGACAGCAACUUCAAAAGACAUCCUGGUAUCCACAGGCAAACCUCACUGUCGCAGAGUAUCCGCAAAGGAACAGCGCAGUGGUUUGGAGUCAGCAGUGACUGGGACGGAAAGCGGCAGCACUGGCAACGCAAGACCCUGCAGCACUGCAGCCUGCGCUAUGGGAAACUCAAAGCUGCCUACCGAGAAAUGGAGCUGCCCAGCCAGGAAGUGCCUUCUUUCCAAGGCACAGAGUCCCCCAAGCCAAAGAAGAUGCCCAAGAUUGUGGACCCUUUGGCCCGAGGCCGUCCCUUCCGGCACCCAGAUGAAGUGGAUCGUCCACGUACCCCACAUCCGGUCCUGCCCCCUCUGACCCCCGGAGUCAUCUCUUUGACAUCAUUCAGCAGCAUACGAUCGGGCUACACCCGGCUACCCCGCAGGAAGAGGGAAUCUGUUGCCCACAUGAGCUUCAAAGCAGCUGCAGCUAUAAUUAGAGGACGUUCAGUUCUGGAGCACUCAAUGCCGAAACGAAGGGGCAACAAACGGAGCUUUGUGUAUCCCAGCUUCUUGGAUGAAGACAUGGUGGACGGCAUGGAUACAUUUGACUCCUCAUUCUUCAGUAAGGUUGACACACAUGAUGAGAUGUACUCCAUGCCAGAUGACGUGUUUGAGUCCCCACCCCUCUCUGCCACAUACUUCCGAGGACUUCCUCAGCCAGAGGAUGGCCGGUCACCUGACACUGAGCAGCCUUUUCAGCGUGGAGUUGCUUCCAAGGCCCCGCCAUCAAUGGCAGCUGGUCCCAAGAGGGGCACGCGGAUUGCCUCUAGAGUGAAACACUUUGCCUUUGAUCGCAAGAAGCGCUACUAUGGGCUAGGAGUGGUGGGCAAGUGGCUGAACAGGACAUAUCGCCGGAGCAUCAGCAGCGUGGUGCGCUCUCAGCUGGAGCUCACAGACAGCCAUAGGCCCUACUUCACCUACUGGAUCACCUUUGUCCAUAUCCUCAUCACCCUGCUGAUCAUUUGCACCUAUGGGAUUGCUCCAAUUGGCUUUGCCCAGCACCUGACAACAGCAUUGGUCCUGCGAAACAAAGGGGUCUAUGAGAGUGUGAAAUACAUUCAACAAGAGAACUUCUGGAUUGGUCCAAGCUCGAUUGACUUGAUUCACCUUGGAGCAAAGUUCUCCCCCUGCAUUCGGAAGGACCGACAUAUUGAGAGGCUGAUCCAAAAGCAGAAAGACCAGGAGCGCAAUUCAGGCUGCUGCGUUCAGAAUGACAACUCUGGCUGUGUUCAGACCCUGCAAGCAGAUUGCUCGGAAACAUUAGCCACUUUUGUAAAGUGGCCAGAUCAUAAUCCACCACUUGCUGACAAAAGCAAUUCAAGUCUGAAAAGAUCGUCAGGAGCUGUGUGCCAUCAGGAUCCCAGGACUUGUGAGGAGCCAGCUUCAAAUCGACCUCACAUCUGGCCUGAUGAUAUCACCAAAUGGCCGAUAUGUACCUAUCAGACCAAAAAUAAUCAUACUGGCCUAUUGCAUAUGGACUGUGAUAUUAAAGGAAGGCCAUGCUGUCUUGGAACCAAAGGCAGCUGUGCAAUCACUACUCGGGAGUACUGUGAAUUCAUGCAUGGCUAUUUCCAUGAAGAAGCAACUCUCUGCUCACAGGUACACUGCAUGGAUGAAGUGUGUGGCCUCCUACCAUUCUUGAACCCUGAAAUUCCUGAUCAGUUCUACAGACUCUGGUUGUCUCUCUUCCUUCAUGCAGGGAUUGUCCACUGCCUGGUGUCGGUGAUCUUCCAGAUGACAGUCCUCAGGGAUUUGGAGAAGCUGUCAGGCUGGCAUAGAAUCUCUAUCAUUUUCCUCCUCAGUGGCAUCACAGGCAAUCUGGCCAGUGCUAUCUUCCUUCCAUACAGGGCAGAGGUGGGCCCAGCAGGAUCCCAAUUUGGCUUGUUAGCGUGCCUUUUUGUGGAACUCUUCCAGAGUUGGCAGGUCUUGGAAAAACCCUGGAAAGCUUUCCUCAAUCUUUCUGGAAUUGUCCUCUUUCUCUUUGUCUGUGGACUGCUGCCAUGGAUUGACAACAUCGCACACAUCUUUGGCUUCCUCAGUGGCCUCUUGCUUUCCUUUGCCUUCCUGCCCUACAUCACCUUCGGCACUGUGGACAAGUACCGCAAGCGGGCCAUGAUCAUUGUUUCCCUAGUGGUCUUCAUUGGCCUCUUCGCCUCUCUCGUGAUCUGGCUGUAUGUGUACCCCAUUGAUUGGCACUGGAUUGAGUAUCUCACCUGUCUGCCCUUCACUGCCAAGUUCUGUGAGAAGUAUGAUUUGGACCAGGUUUUGCAUUGAUGGAGUUUAAAAAAAAAAGUUUGGGAGAGAGCAUUUUAAACUUGGAUACCUGCUGGAUUCUGAGCAGCUAUGGACGGCAGUAACCUUGGUUGUGGAAAAACAGGGCGUCAGCUUCCCCGUGGGAUUCCCCUUUUCUAUCCAUACAUUGAAACCCUGUUUACAAGGCAUUUUGUCCCAAGUGUAAGAGUGACACAACUAGAAAAGUGCUGCCAUCUUUGCAAACCCGAGUGGGAUGGAUAGAGGUAAAGCAGAUAUGCCUCUUGUCCAUUCCUCUAUGCAUCUCUGAGCAUUAGGUAGCCAUUUUGGGGAACAAUUCCUACAAAGCAAGUUCAUUCCCCAGUGAUGUCCUGAGCCUAAAAUGGGACAAAGUCUCUGGUACUGGAGACAUUUCCACUACAGUGCCACAGCAGAUGGCAAUCUCUGCCAAAGUUUUGAUGCUGAGACACCUUCCAGAACAGUUUUGCAAUAUAGUAGAAAACACCACACUUCGCCCGCCCCCGCCUAUGUCUAGUCAUCCCUUUUGAUGAGGUGGCAAACGAAGCAAUGAUAUUCUUCAUCGAUAGGACUGAUUUGGCUUUUUGUGGGAUGGAAGUUUGUCAGGAAGUGACUUUUUAAAAGCACCUUAGUGACAAGGCAACAUGCUGUUGAACUGCUUCACCCCUCACCAUCUGCCUCUCUUUCUAUGGUCUCUUACUUGAAAAGCCUCCUUUAUAUGCAAUUUCCAGUCUUUUUAGUUUCUUUCUUAAUGCCUUUUGGCACAAGAUGGUGCUUGGACCUGAGGGCCAUCUUCCCUGCCUUAGUGCCUUUCUGUGGUACUAUGAAUUGCACUGUGAAAAUACCCCCUCCCCUUGCCACCUUUUGUCCAAGGGGUAUUUUUAAUAUGCAAUGUUUGUUUCUUACAAUCACAGUGUGUCACUGGAGCCAAAUACUUUCUGGCAAAGAGUGUUGGUGCUUUUAAAGAAACGUUGUGCCAUCUGUAAGAAAUGCUGGUAGCUACUCCAGUAUUUGUUUUGAGAGAUUAAAACAGAGUUCAAGGGUUUUUGUAGAAGCAAACUUGAAGAAUGGCUUGGGAUCCAUAUCACUCUGGAAGAGUGAGGCCAAGCAGAUUCUAUAGUAAUUGAUAAACUGGAGAGCUGGGGAAAGAAAGGAAGAAGUGAUAUUUUUGGUCUAAAUAAAUUAAUGGAUGAAUUAAAAAUAAAA